AUGGUCUCCUUCGCCGAAACGGAUGAGGAGAGGACGGAGUUAGUAGAUCGGCCAAAGCGACAGAGAAAGCAAGCCCUGAAAACAGCAUCCACCAUCUCGACCGUGGAAGCAGACGAAGAAUCCACUUCUGAAACCACGUCGACUACAAGCUCGCACCCGACCUCGCACACCUCGACCACCACCACUUCACCACGUCAACGCAAAUCCACCUCGGCUUCAACCACCAACCUCUCUCCCACCCUCCAAUGUUCACCUUCCCUCCACGUCCAACGGCACAUCUUCGCAAGCGUAUCGGCAGGAGCCAGCAAGCCGACGGACUGGGGCGCCAACUUCUGGUGUGUUGUCACCGACCCUUUUGCUCCCGCGAAUACCUUUUUCGCCAACCCGACGACGGGCGAGUGCCGCUGGGUCCUCCCCGCUGGAACAAUGGUGCUGCCGCCCUCGCCGGAUGGAGAGUGGUGGGAACUGUUCGACGAGAGCACAGGGCGGGAGUACUACUACCAUACUCGCACCGAGGAAUCGCGGUGGACGAGGCCGCUGCGGGGUAUGGUGAUCCCCAUGGCUGCGAUCCAGCGUGCUGGACACGUUGCGGAGAAGAGCGGCGGGCAGAGGGAGCAGCAGGAACGGAGCGAGGUGACAGAUGCCGAUGUUGGGAAGCGGCAUUGGCUGGCAGUCGAGUGUGAGGAUGGGCAGGAGGAGAGGUAUACAACGCCGUUGCGGCCGAGGACGAGGUCUUUGCCGAAGACGUAUACUCGCCGUAAAGAGGCUGUGUCGCGGUCCCAGUCGAGCGCACGGCUGCAUCGGCUAGCAUCAGAACAGAUCCUCACAGCUGGUCGAACGGGAAAGACCCGUCUGCGGUGCAGCGAGGAACAGAACGAGGAGGACCUAGCACAACGGGCAAGGAAACUCAUCCUGCUGCACGAUCAGAAAGCCCUCGAAUACGCACGACGCACCUCAGGCCCUCCCUUCCGACCCGACCCGACUUCGUCAUCCAAGCCCCAGCCACCCACCCUCGCACAUCGCCGUAAAAAACCCUCGACAACUCUGCGAAUGCACCCCUCGCCCCGCACAUCGACAACGCCAGAGACGCCCGCCGCCCCAUCGCCAGCCAUCACCAUCCAAAAGCUCGGCAAAGGCCUGGCCUUCAACCCAUCCACGCCCUGCUCUUCGUCCUUCUCCACUUCGCACCACACCGCCACCAUUGUCGUCAAAGCACGACGCUCACUCUCAUUUCUAUCUCGACAGUAUCAUCAGCGUGGAGGAUCGAGCAAAAGGGACCGUGUGGCACUCCCCGGCGACUUGGCCGCUGCGCUGCUCGACGUGCCGGUCGGCAUCGGCAGCGGCAGGAGGGCCGAGGAGAACAAGCGCAACAGUCGGCUCGAGAAGUGGAUUCAUUGCUUCGCGCCAUGCCGAAGGUCUGCUGCUGGAGAGUCGGCGUCGGUCUGUGGCCAUCUGUGA